AUGGUCAAACUUAAAUUUAAUACCAUAGCCAAACGCGACACAGAUCAAUCAGCUGAUUCUGUUGAAUGGUGCCCAAGCGAAAAGCUGGACAACAUUUUUGUGUGCGGCACUUAUCACCUAGAACGUGACAACGAUUUAUCCUUAUCUAAUAGAUUGGGGCGAAUAUUGUUAUACCGAUUCGAAGGAGAAUCACAAAGCGAUCCCCUAACUCUUCUUCAAACAGUGAACCGAUCAGCAGUAUUGGACCAAAAAUGGAACCCCUUUCAUAAAAAUCGAUUGGCGGUUGCCGGUGCUGAUGGAACACUUGCGAUAUACGCGGUUGAGGACUUCAGUGAGCAACCCAAACUCGAUCUUCAAACAUCUAUAGCUUUGCAAGGCGAAGAACUGCAAGAACAAAACCCAUUGGCAUUAGCUGUAGAUUGGAGUCAAGAUGGAAAACGAAUUAUCGUCAGUGAUUCGCACGGUUGUAUCGAGCUAUUGAGCUUUGAAAACACGCUUCAAAGUAUACACAACUGGAAAAAGCACGGUUUCGAAGCUUGGACUUGUGCGUUUAGUCGGCACAACGAAAAUAUCGUAUUCAGUGGAGGAGAUGAUUGCAUUUUGUAUGCUCACGAUGUACGAUGUCCUGGUGAACCGGCACUGAAGAGUACUAAUAAAAGUCAUUCAGCUGGAGUUACCUCUUUGUUAUCUUUUGCUCAAAAGGAUAAUAUACUAUUAACAGGCAGCUAUGACGAAUAUAUUCGGUUGUUUGAUGAACGGCAGCUUAAAAAUUGUGUAUCAGAACACCUUCUACAUGGUGGUGUGUGGCGUUUACGAUCCAAUCCUAACAAUGAUCCAAGGAAAAUACUGUGUGCUUGCAUGUACCAUAAUUUUAGUGUAGUUAAACUUUUGCCAAAUGAUUCUUUCGAACUGAUUGGAGAAUACGAUGAACAUGAUAGCAUAUGUUACGGGUGCGAUUGGCAGCAAAUUAGUCAGAAUGAUCAUGCUAAGAGGAAUUUUAUAGCAACAUGCUCAUUCUAUGAUCAUAAGUUAUGCGUUGCGGAAGUAGAAGAAUAUGAGGAAAUUAAUAAAAACGGUAAUGGUUCGUAG